AGCUCGUCUUCGUCGACCUCCACCUCUACACAGCUCGUCUUCGUCGACCUCCACCUCUACACCGCUCGUCUUCGUCGACCUCCACCGUCGUCUCCAUCCUUUCCCUCAUGGCCGCCGCAUCCAAGUCCUCCCAGAUGGUGAAGAACGUGGUGCUGGCCCUGCUGACCCUGUGGUCCCUCAUCUCCCUGGUCGUCAUCGUGGUGUGGGCGACGUCCCCGGACCUGAAGGGCUCCGCCGCCUGCCGCGCCGAGCUGCAGGAGGCGAAGGAGAAGAUGGAGGCGGCCAAGGUGGUGUGGAGCAAGAACAAGGUGGCUCUGGAGGAGAAGCUGGAGGUGGCCAGGGAGGAGCAGCUCCACCAGAGUGCGGAGAUCCUGCGGCUGGUGGGACGCCUCGGCGCCACCAACGCCACCCUGGAGGAGUGCCGGCAGGAGAAGGUGGUCCUGAACGGGAACAUCAGCGUCCUGCACGAGAGGGUGGAGCAGCUCCGUCAGACGGAGGCCAACCAUACGGCUCGGAUCGGCCUGCAGGAAGAACACAUCGAGACCCUGCAGCAGAACCUGACCCAGGCGGGCCACCGGGCCGAGUCCCUGUCCAGCCUGAAGGCCGCCGCUGAGAACCACAUGCAGGCGGCCCAGAGUGAGACCAGCGCCUGCAAUUCCAGGAAGGAGUUCCUGCAGAAACAACUUCAGAAGUGCAAAGACGGGGUACCUGAAGCUACUCGGGAGCCGCAGAAGACGGACCUGUCCUCCUCCACCUCGCCCCUCUCUGGUAUUCCUGCGCUGACGCUGCUGACCUGCAGCUCUCUGCUUCUGAUGACCUGAGGUCAGCGAGGCGGCGACCUGUCGUACGGCGGCGAGCACUGUAUUCCAGGACGGAGGCGGAGCCUGGACGGACCACAUGACUGCUGUACAAACAUCCUGUCUGCGUAACAAACACACAAAAAGAGAUCGCCAUGGAGACGCUGGCACGAUGAAUGAUUGGACAGAAACUUUGCUUUGACUUGAACAGCCGACACGUUUAAAGAUUUUUAAAUGCGUCUUCACCACUGAGUUUUUUUAGUUUAUGUCUUCAUGAAGCUUAACGACUGCUUUUACUUUUUGCUGCUGCUUCGUCCUCUUAAAUAUAAAAAAAUGAAAUCCUGACUUUAAUGCAAAAUAACUUUCUGUCGAGAGAACAUUACCGAAUGUAUUUCACAGGACAAUAUUUCCCUCUGAGAUGUCAUUGAGGAGGAGUAUAAAAGGGCCGACAUUCCAAAUACUGAAGUAAAAUACAUCAGAACUUUAGUUCAGAACAGUUCCUUGAGUCUAUGUACUAGUUUACCUUCACCACCACACAGCGGGGCUUUCAGGGACAUCGGAGAGUUGAGAAUUAGCUACUGAACAAAGAACCUGAGAAACAGAAAUAACGAAUCAGUAAUAUUUUCUGUCAUGAAUCAGGACUUUGUUCCCAGAAUGCAGCAUGUUUUUUCUGUUCUUCAUGCCCUUUUAAUACAGUUGAAACAUCUGGGUCUUUAUUCAAAGAGGAAGUUAGGCUUUCACAAUAAGAGCAGACAAGAUGACUCAAACCCAAAAGGUCCCUGUUUGUACCUGACGGUUAAAUCCGACCCGAUGUGUUGAGUGAGCUGAAGUCCGAUCAAUAACUGAUGACGUAAUCGCAACACACCGGAGUCUUGAACAGCUGAUCCACAGUCCGCUAGACUGUGAAGCAACGACUCGACUUUUAGAAGCUUUUAGAACAAGGGGGUAGGAGGGGUAUAAAAUAAUAAAACUGAGUUUCUAAACUGUU